AUGUUAAAUAGUCUGGCACAAAUGUUGAGGUUCCCCUUUACCUCCCUAUCUUCCUCUACACCCUCCAGUCAUCUACCUCCUUAUCUUCCUCUACACCUUCCAGUCCUGAUACCUCCUUAUCUUCCUCUACAUCCUCCAGCCCUUUACCUCCCUAUCUUCCUGUACACCCUCCAGUCCUCUACCUCCCUAUCUUCCUCUACACCUUCCAGUCCUCUACCUCCCUAUCUUCCUCUACACCUUCCAGUCCUCUGCCUUCCUAUCUUCAUCUACACUUUCAAGUCAUCUGCCUCCUUAUCUUCAUCUACACCUUCCAGUCUUCUACCUCCCUAUCUUCCUCUAUACCCUCCAGUCCUCUACCUCCCUAUCUUCCUCUACACCCUCCAGUCCUCUAACUCCCUAUCUUCCUCCACUCCCUCCAGUCCUCUACCUCCCUAUCUUCAUCUACACCUUCCAGUCCUCUGCCUCCUUAUCUUCCUCCACACCUUCCAGUCCUCUACCUCCCUAUCUUCCUCUACACCUUCCAGUCCUCUACCUCCCUAUCUCCCUCUACACCUUCCAGUCCUGAUACCUCCUUAUCUUCCUCUACAUCCUCCAGUCCUCUACCUCCUUAUCUUCCUCUACACUUUCAGUCCUCUACCUCCCUAUCUUCAUCUACAUCCUCCAGUCCUCUAUUUCCCUAUCUUCUCUACACCCUUCAGUCCUCUACCUCCCUAUCUUCCUCCACUCCCUCUAGUCCUCUACCUCCGUAUCUUCCUCUAUACCCUCCAGUCCUCUACCUCCCUAUCUUCAUCUACACCCUCCAGUCCUCUUCAUCCCAAUCUUCCUCUACACCUUCCCGUCAUAAACCUCCCUACCUUCAUCUACACCUUCCAGUCCUCUACCUCCUUAUUUUCCUCUACACCCUCCAGUCCUCUGCCUCCUUAUCUUCCUCUACACCUACCAGUCCUCUACCUCCCUAUCUUCCUCUACACCUUCCAGUCCUCUCCCUCCCUAUUUUCCUCUACACCUUCCAGUCCUCUACCUCCCUACCUUCAUCUACACCUUCCAGUCCUCUCCCUCCUUAUUUUCCUCUACACCCUCCAGUCCUCUGCCUCCCGAUCUUCCUCUACACCUUCCAGUCAUAUACCUCCCUACCUUCCUCUUCACCUUCCCGUCCUCUACCUCCUUAUCUUCCUCUACACCCUCUAG